UUAAUAUAUCAGCAAAACAGAACAAUUGUUAUUCGGUAAUUUUCACUCAUUCGUCAUUAUUGUUUAUAAACUUUUAUUAACUUAAGAAUUAGAGAAAUUACUGUACAAUGGCGGCUAACGCUAGUGUCGUCAAUAAUAAUUGCCGAACGAUUACAAUUUAUGAUGUAGUUAUACCUGUUACAUUAUAUUAUCACUUUCAGCUGAGAAUGUUUAGAUCUGUAUUCUGUAUGCAAUGAUGUAAAGCAAAAAUAUUGGUGACUACAACUGACUACUAUUGAGGAUUGCUGACUAGUUGUAUGUGAGUCCAUAUUACCUUCAUACACCACCAACUGCAAGAUGGUUGACAAAUUGGACAAAUACAUUGACAGUUACUCUAAAGAAUGGUACCAGGCGUUCCUGCUAUUGAUGAUGGCCGGUACACCAGGGAUAUUUAACGCUAUACAGAUCUCAUCGUAUGUGUUCCUAGUUGACAAACCUUCAUACUGGUGUGAUGUACCAGUUUUGAAAGCGGCAGGGUGGAGUGACCAAAUGCUCUUAAAUGUUUCUACACCGUAUCAAAAUUAUUCAUCAAAAAAACUUGAAGAGUGUUCUUAUUACAAUCGAAAUUAUUCAACAUUUGCCAAAAAUGGUUACAACUGGUCAAUGAAUAAUUUAGAAACUGCCAAUUUAAAACCUUGUCAAUAUUAUAGUUACAGUAACACAGACACUGUUGUAACUGAAUGGAAUUUAGUUUGUGAAAAUGUAGCAAUGAAGUCAAAUAUUCAAGCAGUUAUGGCUUUUGGAAAGUUUAUUGGUGGACUUUUAUUUGGUUCAAUAUCGGAUGUAUAUGGCAGGAAGUUUGCUUUUAAUUUGGCAGCUUUUAUUUACAUGUUUUCAGGACCAUCUGCUGCUCUGAUUGAUUCAUAUGUAUUAUUUUUGAUUGCAAGAUUCUUGAUAGGUGUAGCUGGAUCUGGAAUUUAUGAAUCAUCAUAUACAAUAUUGACUGAGCUGACAAGUGGUAAAACUCGAACUUUACUUUGUCUUUUGAUGAAUAUGUCAUAUCCAAUUGGUUAUAUUUUGCUUUCAAUUAUUGCUUAUUAUGUACGACCAUGGAGAAUGUUGCUUUUAGUUUUGUCUGUGCCCAUGUUUGGAUUGUUGAUACAAUGCUGGUUUCUACCUGAAUCUCCAAAAUGGUUAAUGUCUCAAGGUAGAGAAAGUCAGGCUUGGGAAGUGAUGAUUAAGCUUGUUCCUUCUGCUGUUCAUGCUGACAUAGAUAAUGAUAACCAGGAUAUGGUUGAAAUUAGAAAGUCAAAAAAGAGUCAAGGGAAAUGUAAUGAGUUUUUUUCCACUUUUACUACAUUGUUUUCUACUUGGGAUUUAUCUGUCAAGACUGGUAUUUCUUUUUCUUGUGGAUUUGUUUGUGGCCUAUCAUAUUACGUUAUUGCAUUAAAUGGUGAUAAUAUUACUGCUGAUCGUUACAUAUAUGUUGCGUUGAAUGGAGUUGUCGAAGGCUUAGCAUACUUAUCAACUAUUCCAUUAUUACUCUAUGUUGGACGCAAAAUAGCAGUUUCCGGUUUAUUUUUUGCAUCCGGAAUAUUGCAGCUUGCAUUGUUAACAAUACCACAAGAAAGUGCAAAUUUUUUAUUAUUUGUUGCUUUGCUUGGAAAAUUUUGUGUGAGUGCAGUAUUUUCAGUUAGUUUGCUUUAUAUAUCAGAGUUAUAUCCAACUACAAUAAGAAAUACUGGUCUUGGAACAUCAUUGACUAUUUCUCAAAUAGGAUCUGUUAUUGCACCAUAUGUAGUUGAAUUAUUGGGAGCUAAAGCUUGGUACAUUCCAAGUACAGUGUGUGGAAUGUUGGGCAUUUUUGUUUCAAGUUUGGUUCUAAUGUUGCCUGAAACAAAGGGAACAGUAUUACCAGAUACUCUAGAAGAUAUGAAAAUUACUAGUUCUGUUAAAGUUACCAAUUGUUGUAAGUUUUAGUGCUUUUCACCAUUAUGUUUCUUUUAUAAAUUAUUCUUCUGACAAUAUUGACUGGUUCAUUAAAAUUAUUAUUUUGACAGUAUAAUAUGCUAUACUGUUGUUUUAUUGGGGAAUCACAGUUAAAUGGGUUGAAUAUUGAUGAGUAUAUAAGUAUAAUAAAAUUAUUAAGAAAAAUAAAAAUUGAAUAUUAUCAAUGUUUUAAAUGUUUAAAUACUAUGUUUAAAGUAAUUUUGUAAAUGAUCUCAGUACCACAGAUUAUUUUUAGCAAAUUAAAUUAAAGAAAUUGUUCUAAUUAAGUUGUGAUAGUUUAUUUUUUGUAUCUCAAUUUGAAUCUUUUAUUUAUGUUAUAGUUAUUGUAAAAAUGUUUGAAUUUAAAAUGCGUUAUUAAAUUCCUAUACAUUUAGUAAAAUUAUAUUACGGUGAUCAAGAGGUAUUGUAUAUAAUAAUUGAUUGUUAAAUUCUUAGUUACGAAUAUUUCAGUAGAAAUUCAUAUGUUCUGUUUCAUAUUUAUGUUACCUUGCCUGGUUAUAUUAUGUUAUUAUUUUUAAUAUAAAAUAAUUAUUACCAACCAAUAUUUAUGUAUGUUUAUUGUUAUUAUGAUAUGUGUAUUAUUCAAUUAUUAUAUUUUUAGUUAUUUGUAAUGUUAUGAACUAACCCCAGAAAUAACUAAUGCGAGUAGGUAAAUGUUUUAAUGUAUACUUUGGUCUGUUAAUUUAUAUUUUAUAAUUAUUGUUUGUUUUAUUUAGUUUUAAUUAUACAUUGUUAAUUUAAAA